AUGCCUUCUUCUCCAGCUUCUUCCGUCUCUGUACAGCCAGACAGGAUGCAGGCGCUUGGAAACCAGAUAGGUUACAAGGUCCGCAACAUUUCGCAUCAUGGCCAGCCCAAAAUCGUCAUCCAUCUGGACGACAGCAAUGGCCACCAACAGAAGUUUGUCACAAGCUACUCUUCAAUGGACACCCUCAACGGUACAGUCACCAUUACCGCGCCGCAUGAUACACGCUUCGAAGAUAUUGACAUUGCAUUCACUGGUACAAGCCAAGUGUACGUAGACAGGAUGACAACCACGCCGACUAUGACAGGACGAACAGAGGCAAAGCACCGUUUCUUGACUCUUAGACAGCCAAUAAACGAAUCAAACUUUCCAACCCCAAGAAUCUUUGAAGCUGGGAAGGCGUACAUAUUCCCCUUCACCUUCACAAUCCCAUCGCAGUUACUGCCCAAAGCCUGUUCACACAACGUCAUCUCAGAUCAAGUCCGCGAACAACAUCUCUUGCUACCACCCAGCAUUGGCGAUCCUGACCUUGCCGGUUUCGGUAGCACACUGCUCGAUGAUCUGGCACCAGACAUGUCUAAGAUUACAUAUGCAAUCCAAGUCAAGAUUGCGCACAUGCGCGGGGGAGAAGGCUUAACUGUACUCGCGGAUAAGACAAAGAAAGUCCGCGUCAAGCCUUCAUUUCCCGAGCAGCCUCCACUGACCAUUGACCACAACGAAGACUACCGACCGCGACAAGAGAAGACGGUCAAGAAGGGACUAUUCCAGGGAAAGCUUGGAACCCUGUCAGCCAAGACCGUCCAGCCGCCCCCUCUGGUCAUUUCAGGAGCUCGAUCCGCUGAAGGCAGAUCAAUAGGCACCAUGGCCAAGCUGGUACUACGAUUUGAUCCCAUAGAGGAGACUGCUGCCCCGCCGAAGCUAGGCUCACUGUCGACGAAGAUAAAGGUUGCGACUUAUUACGCCUCAAGUCCCAGGCAAAACUUCCCAGUACGAUCGAGCCUCGGCUUCGACUUAUCCCAAGGUCUCUACUCCGAAUACGCGCCCUUGUCCAACCUCUGCAUUGCAUCAGCGCAGUGGGAAAAGCAUGAUGCCACCUUCAACCCUCCUGCUGCAUCUCUCCUACGUCGUGACUCUGGAAUCAGCGACUGCUCAACGACGAGUGAAACCGAAGAAGCUUUUGCCAUUGGUAUCCUUCCCGCGUCCAAGGACUACAAAAAGGGCACCUUCUACACAGCCCAGAUCCUUGUGCCCAUCACCCUCUCUAUGACGAGAAAUUUCAUUCCUACCUUUCACAGUUGUCUCAUUUCGCGAAUUUACACCCUUGCGCUACAAUUCCAUGUACAUGGCUGUUCCAGUCUGCGUCUCAAAGUUCCCGUCCAAAUUUGCGCCGAAGGCAGCGAUACCGGGAUUGAGAACGCAAGGGUGAGGAGUGUGGAGGAGACUGCAUUUAGGACUGCAGCGGAAAUAUUUGUGCCAAGGAGUAUUGCACCGCCAAGUUUUGAGGCGAGCAGGAAUGCCAGCGUCAGCAUCAGGGAAGAGAUGCCACCUGAUUAUACCGCGUUUGCGCCAUCUACGAGCAGAUGUACCAUCAGCCACUCGGUUAUCGCUUGA